UCCCCGCCUCCCGCCCGGGACACCCGGCCUCCCGCCCGGACCGGCCGGCGCCCGCGAUGAAGGCGGCCCAGGCCGCGGGCGAGGAGGCGGCGGCGGUGAAGGUGGUCCUGGUGGGCGACGGCGGCUGCGGGAAGACGUCGCUGCUGAUGGUCUUCGCGGCCGGGGACUUCCCCGAGAGCUACACGCCCACGGUGUUUGAGCGGUUCAACAUGGACAUGAAGACGCAGGGCAAACCUGUGAAGCUCCAGAUCUGGGACACCGCAGGACAAGUCGAUUACGACCGCCUGCGGCCCCUCUUCUACCCCGACGCCAGUGUCGUGCUCCUCUGCUUCGAUGUCACCAGCCCCAACAGCUUUGAGAACGUCUCUACCCGGUGGUACCCGGAGGUGAGACACUUCUGCAAGGAGGUGCCCAUCGUCCUCGUGGGCUGCAAGACCGACCUGCGCAAGGACCGGACGCUGGUGAACAAGCUCUGGAAAGAUAAGCUGGAGCCCGUGACCUACCACCGGGGCCAGGAGAUGGCGCGGGCCGUGGGUGCCGUGGCCUACCUGGAGUGCUCGGCGCGGCUCCAGGAGAACGUCCACGCCGUCUUCCAGGAGGCCGUGGAGGUGGCCCUCAGCAGCCGCAGCCGCAACUGCUGGCGGCGGGUCAGCCGGGGCUGCUGCGUGCUGACCUGACCGCGGCCUCCCCGCCCAGAUCGCCCGCCGGCGCAGGACGGAGCCGGGCGCUGACCUAUCGCCCAGUGGGCCAGGCUGGGCCCCGCUCCCGGGCUGUGACCGAACCGCCCUUCACACCGAUGGUCAACGGUCAGCACGGAGGCCAGGCCCCUGGUGCUGGGGCUGAGGCCCCUGAACUGACGUGAAAUCCCCCUGAGACAUGAGGAGGGGGCCCCCCCGGCCCUGGGGAGGGCUCGUCCUGGAGCCCCCCCGCCCCCAGCCCCGGACCGCACAGCCAGGAGGUGGCCAUUCAGCCGGGCCCACCUUGCCGCUGUUCCUGGGGCCACACCCUCAGCGCCUUCCGGCAGGAGGUGGUCCCAGGUGGUCCCAGGGCCAUCGCACCCCCACCCGGGCCAGACUCCCACCCGGCCCCUCACCCCUGCCCUGCCGGGUGGUAACUGUAACCACUAAAACGACAUCGCCUG